GGAGACCAACAUAUGGAAGAGAGAUCUAGGGAACGCCACCUCAAACCCUCUGGGGUUCUCAGUCUCGGACCCAGGAGACCCAACCCUAACCACUCGCCCAGGAUGCAGCAGGAGGGAUGUUAGUCGGACUUCAGAAAGAACUUGUUUGCUGCCUGUUAGGUCUACUGCCCGACUCGGGGUAAGAGGUUAGACGGGAUGAAGCGGGACUGGAGGAAGUGGGGGACAGGCAACCUUUGUGCCCUUGGCCAAGGUAGAAGAGGGCCCAGGUAUUUUAAGAAGGCGCCGCUAGAGCUAUUAUGGCAACUGCUUUCCUUGGGAAUGCCAGGGCAGGCAAGUGGUGACCUCGGAAGGAAGAAGGGGUCUGUUCGGGCGGCCAGGGGGCGCGAGGACGUGCGAGGCGGGGGCUCGCGGGGCUCACCGCGGGGAGGGGCGGCACGGGCUCCGCGUGGUGCUGAAGGGGACAGCGCCAGAUUUGUCGCACUGCGCAGGCGCAAAGGCUCAAACAAAAUGGGGAGGGGGAGGAGGCGCGCAGCCCGAAGUGGUGCGCGGCCCUGUGGUUCUACCUUAGCAGAGGUCGGCCCUCCCAGCUACUCCCUCCCCAAGCUGGCUGAAGAAGAGGGAGCAAUUCCCUCACCCAAGCUGACCCUCUUUGAUCCUUCCCGGCGAAUAGCUUUUCCCUUCUCGCUGCAUUGGGGGAUGGGGGAGUUUGGAAGGGAUUCUGGGAAAACCAGGAGGCCUGAGUUCUCUAUCCCGACUCGCUUGACCCUGGACAAGGCGCCGACUCUCCAGGGCCUCGGCUUCAUCUUUAAAGUGAAGCGCCCGAACCCCUGAUGAGAUCAUGAACGGGAAGUAGUUUUCGCUAUGAAGAGGCAGGUGAGGCGGUUGCGCGAAGGGAGAGGGCAACCCUCCUGGGGGGUAGGGGGGCAGCUCUCAGCGACAGGGUUAGCCCUCGGCGUUCUUCACACCCUCCCCACCAGUGGUUGAUGGGAAAAGCACUGCUCCGGGGGUUCCUCGGAGCCGACCCUGGAACUAGGACCUGGGGACGCGAUGAGAGAGCAGCCCCGAGUCUGAGCCUAGAGCUCGGGGGCGUCACUGCCCCAGGGUGGGCCGGCCCCAUAUCCCACAACUAAGCCCCCAGGCCAACUGAGAAGCAGUACUCCCGGCGGGCUGAGCUGAGCACUAAUUCUUCUCAGGACUGUAGACCUCCUGGGGAAAGGAAAGGGACCCAGCCGGAGAUAUAGUCCUUCUCAGCGCCCCCUACAUCUCUCUCCCCAAGGUGUAAACCCACUCCAAAUCAUCCGGGAAUGGAAGGGGCUGCAUAGUCCUGUACUUCAAAAUUAACCACAAAUGGGAGGUUUUGGCAAGUUGGCUUGAUGAAGAAAAGAAAACUCUAGCUUCGCCCAUUCAAUUCAUUCUCCAAUUACUGGGCACCUACUACGUGCCAGACAGAGGUGGAAUAAUUUCUCCCCUUUUUCAAAGUCGCUAAAAGCGACCAGAGGGCAUAGGGUAGGACCCGAACUUGGAGUCCUGGCUCCGCCCCUUCCGUAUUUGGCUUUGCCUGCUCUUCCCAUCACCACUUCACUCAGAGGCGGCCACUGGCCCAAGACGAAAAAAGAAGCCAGUCUCUGCAGCACCAUCACGUUUUCCAGCUUCAGGUCUCAGGCCACGUAGCUGAGGAGAGCUCUGAUGUUACACCACCGCCCAAGGAGGCGGGUUCGCUGCGGCUGCUCAAAGGCCAAAGCGAGAAGACCUUAUUGCGCACGCGCAAUAGACAGCCGAUGGAGCCACCAAUGGAGCCGUCCGGAGGGGAGCAAGAGCCGGGAGCCGUCAGGCUCCUGGACCUGCCCUGGGAAGACGUGCUGCUCCCACAUGUCCUGAGCCUGGUGCCGCUGCGCCAGCUGCUCCGGCUGCAGCGCGUCAGCCGGGCCUUCCGGGCACUAGUGCAGCUGCACCUGGCGGGGCUUCGCCGAUUUGACGCCGCUCAGGUGGGUCCGCAGAUCCCGCGGGCUGCAUUGGCCUGGCUGCUGCGGGACGCCGAGGGGCUGCAGGAGCUGGCGCUGGCGCCGUGUCACGAAUGGCUGUCGGACGAGGAUCUGGUGCCGGUGCUGGCACGGAAUCCGCAGCUGCGGAGUGUGGCGCUGGCAGGCUGCGGGCAACUGAGCCGCCGCGCGCUGGGGGCGCUAGCCGAGGGCUGCCCCCGCCUGCAGCGCCUGUCGCUCGCACACUGUGACUGGGUAGACGGGCUGGCGCUGCGGGGCCUUGCCGACCGCUGUCCGGCCCUUGAGGAACUGGACCUCACCGCCUGCCGUCAGCUCAAGGAUGAGGCCAUCGUGUACCUGGCGCAGAGGCGCGGCGCGGGCCUCCGCAGCCUCUCGCUGGCGGUCAACGCCAAUGUGGGGGACACCGCUGUCCAGGAAUUGGCUCGGAACUGCCCAGAACUCGAGCACCUCGACCUAACCGGCUGCCUCCGCGUCGGAAGCGACGGCGUCAGGACGCUGGCCGAGUACUGCCCAGCGCUGCGCUCACUGCGGGUGCGGCACUGCCACCAUGUGGCCGAACCCAGCCUGAGCCGCUUGCGGAAGCGCGGCGUGGACAUCGACGUGGAGCCGCCACUGCAUCAGGCCCUGGUGCUGCUGCAGGACAUGGCCGGCUUUGCACCCUUUGUCAACCUGCAGGUCUGACCCACCCGCCAGUAGGGCACAGCUGGACUGUGUGGCGGGGGCUGGCUAUGAACUGUAGGGAAACUGGACUGUGGGGGCCUCUGGUGAGAGACCAAUGCCCUCCCCACCCUGGAGUUUCAAAUAAAGAGCUUUUU